AUGACUCCAAUAGUCGAGUACUUGGAGCAGGACAUGCUUCCCGAAGAUAAGAACGAAGUACGUCGGGUCAAGGCUCAAUCAGCCCGCUUCACUAUUAUACGAGACUUCGGCAAAUUCUGGAACAUCAAGCUCAACUUCUCCACACCAAGGUAUCCCCAAGAAAAUGGACAAGCAGAGUCAUCCAACAAGACUAUCAUGAACAACAUCAAGAAGUGCCUUGAAAAAGCUAAGGGAAGAUGGACUGAUAAGUUGCCGGGAGUCCUAUGGUCCUAUCGAACCACAACCAGGACUUCGAUGGGAGAAACACCUUUCUCAUUAGCCUACGGGAUGGAGUCAGUCAUCCCUACUGAGAGUGAAGUUACAACAGCCAGAUAUGAGCUGACGACAGACGAAGUAAAUUGGGAAAACAUGUGCCAUGAACUCGACACCAUCGACGAAAGAAGGGACAAAGCACUCUUAAGAAUCUCAGCCUAUCAACGAAGCAUAGCCAGACAUUACAACAAGAACAUCCGCACUCGGACAUUCAAAGUAGGAGAUUGGGUACUACAAAGAGUCUUCCAGAACACUAAGGAUGCGGGAGCAGGUAAGCUCGCCCCGACAUGGGAAGGUCCUUACCUCAUCACAAAGGUAGUCGGACAUGGAGCAUACAAGCUAUAA